GUCAUACACCCUGCUGCGCGGGCAGCCAGAGGGGUUGUGGGGUACUGCAAAUGACUGCCGACGUACUUUCAUGUGGGUGUUCCCGCUCCUCAGGGUCUAUCACUGUACUCAUCUUUUCGUUUGUCCCGGUUCACUUUGUCGCUGAGCUUGGCAAGGCAGGCAGAGCACUGAUCCUCCUGUUUCCAGUUGUGGGGUCCAGGUGGGAGUACCUGCAUACAGGGAAUGCGUUAAGUAGCUGAACGUUGAGACAGACAUUCAAUACCCAUGGAGAACCACUUCAGCUUUGAUGAGGGCAGUGACGUGUCCUGUGGGGAUAAUGACCCCGCCUUUCCUUCUCCUGUAAGACUGACUUUACCAGAUCAGAGUUGUAUCGAUGAUCCUGAAAAGACAAGGGAAGAAAAGGAGGAAGAGGAGGACUAUGAGGCACCCCCUGAAGCCAUCGUCAUUCCCAGUGAUUCAGAUGCUUUUCUUAAUCUCAACACCAAUGCCACCACAAGAGGGGAUGCUCAAGCCUACGUUGAGCUGAAUGAGCUCCAGGGUAACGUCUGGCAGGAGACCGGCCGAUGGGUGGGCUAUGAGGAGAACCUUGACUCUGCUACGGGAAAGUGGGGUCCUUCUCAUGUCUCUUACCUCACCUUCAGGAGCUUACUCCAAGUCCGCAGAACCCUGAGCUCAGGCGCGAUCAUCUUUGACAUGAACGCCAGCACUCUGUCUGCUGUGGCUGAGAAAAUAGUCGAUGAGCUCCUCAGCAAGAACGAAAUCCGCCCCAGUGAUCGAGACGCCCUGCUGAGAGCUCUCCUGAUGAGGCGCAGUCAAACUGAGGGACCUAAACUUACUCAGCUCGGAGACAUCCAAAUGCAGACUUUUUCUGUUGCAAAGAAGAGAGAAAGUUCUGACAAUGUGGAAGCCUCCAUUGUCCUCACAGGUAUCCUCGACCUCCUGCAGAAACCGGUGAUGGCUUUCGUCCGGCUGAGCGACUCUGUGGUCAUGGAGACUGUUCUGCAGUCUUCUGUUCCUGUUCGCUUCGUUUUCAUGCUGGUUGGACCGAGCCAGAGCGGGCUGGACUACAGUCAGAUUGGACGUGCCAUGAGUGCCCUGAUGGCCGACUGGGUGUUCUGUCUGGAAGCUUACCUGGCGCAAACUGAGAAAGAUCUGGCUAUUGCCAUCGCUGACUUCAUGGACUGCAGCAUCGUGAUUCCUCCUACUGAGAUCCAAGACACGGCCAUGUUAGAGCCAAUAAUCGCCUUCCAGAGUAAGAUGUUGCGUGAAAGACUCCGCCCCUCUGACACUCGACUUGCCUUCGGAGAAAGGGCAGAAGACAAAGGUCCAGAAGGACCAAAGGAGGACCCUCUGGCUCGAACAGGCUAUCCUUUUGGUGGAAUGGUGAAAGACAUCAAGCGGCGUUACCGCCACUACCUCAGCGACUACACAGAUGCUCUGAACCCUCAGGUCAUCUCUGCCAUCAUCUUCAUCUACUUUGCUGCCCUUUCCCCUGCCAUCACUUUUGGAGGACUUCUGGCUGACAAAACAGACAAAAUGAUGGGCGUAUCAGAGCUUAUGAUCGCCACCUGCGUCCAGGGCAUCAUCUUCUGCCUUUUAGCUGCCCAGCCUGUCCUUGUCAUUGGCUUUUCUGGACCUCUGCUCCUGUUUGAGGAAGCCUUUUUUGCUUUCUGCAAGGCCCAGGGCAUUGAGUACAUAGUGGGCCGUAUCUGGGUGGGCAUAUGGCUGGUAGUGAUCGUGGUCAUUGUCGUGGCAGUGGAAGGAAGCUUCUUGGUCCGAUUCAUCUCUCGCUUCACCCAAGAAAUCUUCUCCAUCCUCAUCUCACUCAUCUUUAUCUAUGAAACUUUUGCCAAGCUCAUAAAGAUCUUCAAAACCCAUCCUUUGAUCCUGAACUACGACCAUCUGAAUGACACACUGGACAACCCCUUCCACCCUGUCAUUAAAGAGCAUGUUGAGAUACAUCCAGAUGGAAACGUCACUGUUAAAGAGCUAGAGGUGGAAAGGCCAUACCCCAACACUGCCCUGCUGUCUAUGUGCCUGAUGUUUGGCUGCUUCUUCAUCGCAUACUUCCUUCGUCAGUUUAAAACUGGUACCUUCUUGCCUGGCCCGAUUCGUCGUUUGAUUGGAGAUUUUGGAGUGCCCAUUGCCAUCUUCUUCAUGAUUGCUGUGGACAUCAGCAUUGAAGAUGCUUACACUCAGAAACUGGUUGUGCCAAAAGGUGUUGAAGUGACUAACCCCAGAGAAAGAGGCUGGAUAAUCAACCCCAUGGGAGAAAAGAAGCCUUUCCCUAUUUGGAUGAUGGGGGCCUGCUGUAUCCCUGCUUUGCUCGUCUUCAUUCUCAUCUUCAUGGAGUCCCAGAUUACUACGCUGAUCGUGAGCAAACCUGAAAGGAAAAUGGUGAAAGGCUCUGGUUUUCAUUUUGAUCUUCUCCUCCUGGUCACCAUGGGAGGCAUUUCCUCCAUCUUUGGGGUGCCCUGGCUGAGUGCUGCUACCGUGCGCUCCGUUACCCAUGCCAACGCUCUCACCGUCAUGUCCAAGGGCCCCAAACCAGAGAUAGAGAAAGUAGUUGAGCAGAGGAUCAGUGGAAUGUUUGUGGCCCUCAUGGUUGGUGUUUCCAUUUUCAUGGAGCCCAUUCUGAAGAUGAUUCCCAUGACAGCCUUGUUUGGUAUCUUCCUCUAUAUGGGUAUCACCUCACUGAGUGGAGUCCAGAUGUGGGAUCGGAUGCUUCUGCUGUUUACCCCAAAGAAAUACCAUCCAUCUGAUGCCUAUGCCACCAGGGUGAGGACAUUGCGGAUGCACCUCUUCACUCUGGUCCAGGUCCUAUGUCUAGCUGUUCUGUGGGCAGUUAAGCAGAGUCCCUUCUCCCUGGCUCUUCCUUUCUUCCUCAUCCUCACCAUCCCAUUGCGCAUGUUGAUGACCGGCCGGGUCUUCACUGCCAUGGAGAUGAAAUGUCUGGAUGCAGAUGAUGCCAAGGUGAAAUUUGAUGAUGAAACCACAGACGACCUAUUGGCAUAAACGUAGAACACGUUAGUGUUACUGGAACUUAUUUGUCAUUUCUAACUGUUCUGUUUUCUUUUGAAUCUUGCUUUUCAUCACAAUUAUUCACACAAAUUCCAGGAGACAAUUAAUAGAGCCAGAAACAAAAGUCCAAUUUCAAUGUCUUUCUUUUAUUUUUUACACAUAAAAUUAUGACAUAUUUAAUGUUUUUACACGUAAUAAUAGUAAUAGCUUUUCACAUAAUGUGAUCUUUAAUCUAAGAUCAGAGGCCCUUUACGCAAUGCAAGCAGAUGUAUCCAUUUAGCUUUCAGUAUGACUCUAGUAUGACCUUUUAGUGACCUUGCUGUUGUUUUAUCUGUGCCUGUGUUAAAACUUAAGCUGCUUGAGCUCAUUCAAUUAGAUAUUUAUGGUGACACAACAGAGUUUUGUGACAGUCUACCUGCAUUGAAUUUGUUAUUCUCAAAAAUAUUAUAAGUUGUGUUUUUCAAGUUUGCUCCAUUUGUGUUUUCCUCAUGUAACCUGUUAAGUUGCCUGUUAAGAAUGUGUGUAUAAAUAUGUUUUGUUCAUAUA